GCCAUAGUGAUUUACAAGCGAACCAACUUUGUGGAGUUAAACCUGAGGUUACCAUGGUAACUACACUUGUCACAUCUGGACUUGAACUCUUUGACUCAGUUUCAGAUGAAGAUGUUACAGUCUCACUCACCUGGAGGCGGGGCGGCCGGUGACGUCACGGGGUGGUUUAAAAGAGGCUCCGCUCGGUGACGGUGUGUGUGUGUGUGUGCGUGCGUGCGUGCGUGUGUGUGUGUGUGUCUGUGUCAGUCAGUGUGUGUCAGCAUGAGGAGCGCGAGGACGCUGCAGCAGCUCGCGGUGAGCGUUUGUAAACGGAGCCUUCAUCAUCAUCAUCAUCCUCAUCUUCAUCCUCAUCAUCAUCCGCGGUCAGCGGGAAUCAUCGGAGCACCUUUCUCCAAGGGACAGCCCCGACCCGGAGUGGAACGAGGACCGGAGCUGAUCCGAGCUGCAGGUCUGCUGCUCAAACUGCAGCAACAAGGCUGUGCAGUGAAGGAUUAUGGGAACCUGGAGUUGGAGGAGCCGGUCGACGACGAGCCCGUGGGUCGGGCGAAGCACGUGAGAGCGGUGGGCGGAGCCAACCAGCGGCUGUCAGAGGCGGUACAGCGCGUGAAGCGGGACGGACACACUUGUGUGAUGCUGGGAGGAGACCACAGUCUGGCGAUCGGCUCCAUCCACGGUCACGCGGCGGCGGUCGGCGAGCUGAGCGUCGUUUGGGUCGACGCCCACGCCGACAUCAACACGCCGCUGAGCUCGCCGACGGGAAACCUCCACGGACAGUCGAUGUCCUUCCUCCUCCACGAGCUGCAGGCCAAGGUUCCAGUUUUACCAAACUUCUCCUGGAUCAAACCGUGUGUUCGGGCCAGAGAUCUGGUUUACAUCGGCCUGAGGGACGUGGAUCCAGAGGAGCAUCACAUCCUGAAGCUGCUCGGCGUCAAGGUGUUCUCCAUGUCGCAGGUGGAUCAGCUCGGCGUCGCCAGAGUCAUGGAGGAGACGUGCGACUUCCUGUCUGACAAAGUGAAGAAACCGAUUCACCUGAGUUAUGACAUCGACGCCAUUGACCCGUCUGUUGCCCCGGCAACUGGAACGUCUGUCGUGGGAGGACUCACGUACAGGGAGGGCGUCUACAUCACCGAACACCUCUGUCAGACAGGUCUCCUGUCGGCCGUGGACCUGGUGGAGGUGAACCCCCUGAGGGGUCGGACCGAGCGGGACGUCCGCUCCACGGUCCACACGGCCGUCGACCUGCUGCUCGGCUGUUUCGGACGCCGCCGCCAGGGGAGCCACCCGCCGGAUUACCGCCUGCCCGAACCCUGAGCUCUCCCACUGCGCCGAGCGACGCCUGAACGCCUCUCCGACCACGACGACAGACGAUCACUCGAGAGACGAUUCGUCGCGAGUGACGUCGGUGAACGACAGGUUGUCGCUCAUUAGGCCAUCGAGCACAAAACAGAGGAUUUGUUUUCUGUUGACGUGAUUGUUCUUAUUAAUAUUCAGUAAUAAAAGAAAAAGGUUGAAUGAUCGAUCGAUGAGAAAUAAUCAAAUGAGACUUUCUGAUUCUUUCUGCUUUAAUUUCGGAUCCAUAAUAUUGCAAAUGUAAUUAAUUCAAUGCAAAAUUUUACAUGAAAAAAAAAAUCUCAUAUUCAGGAAACUUUCAGGAGCUUUUCAAGACUGUAGAACAAUUUUAAGUUUCGGACAUUUUAUUCAUAUCUGUGGUGUGAAACAUUAAAGGAAGUGAAACACGA